GCUUCAGCAAUCCCACAAUGCGCUGCUCCUCCGCUCUCCCACAAGACCCCCCCCUCGUCCGCCCCACAAUGCCCUGCUGCCGGCCCCCUUCUUCCCCCGUGAGCGGCAGGGUCUGUCCCUGUAGCAGGAAGAUGGCGGACACAAUGAGCAGGGGCCGCCGCUCCGCAGCCUGAGCCGACCCCGCCUGAGGGCGCUGCCCGCCCGUGCCGAAGCCGCCUGCCAGCGACGCGCCGCCCCUGCCCGGAGAUCCGCGCGCGUCAGGCUCCCGCCCGGCUUCCCUUUCUCGCUGCUUCGCAGGCCCCGCGGGCUCUAGGCCGCCGCCCGGCUCCUCACGUUCACCGGCGUCCUCCGUGCCCGGCUCCCGCUGGGCCCCGGCCGGCUCCUUAGGCCCCGCUCGCGCCGCCCCAUCCCUCGCGGCAUGAAGCUAACGGACAACGUGCUGCGGAGCUUCCGCGUGGCCAAGGUCUUCCGCGAGAACUCGGACAAAAUCAACUGCUUCGACUUCAGCCCCAACGGCGAGACCGUCAUCUCCAGCAGCGACGACGAUUCCAUCGUGCUCUACGACUGCCAGGAGGGCAAACCAAAAAGAACACUGUAUAGUAAAAAGUAUGGAGUGGACCUAAUCAGAUACACACAUGCUGCCAACACUGUGGUGUACAGCUCCAACAAAAUAGACGAUACAAUCCGUUACCUUUCCCUACAUGAUAAUAAAUACAUCCGAUAUUUUCCAGGGCACAGCAAGAGAGUUGUUGCCCUGUCCAUGUCUCCAGUAGAUGAUACCUUUAUUUCUGGAUCACUUGAUAAAACCAUCCGACUUUGGGAUCUCCGGUCUCCAAACUGCCAGGGUUUAAUGCAUCUUCAGGGGAAGCCUGUAUGCUCCUUUGAUCCAGAGGGCCUCAUCUUUGCUGCUGGAGUCAAUUCUGAAAUGGUGAAGCUUUACGAUCUCCGCUCUUUUGACAAGGGUCCAUUUGCUACAUUCAAGAUGCAGUACGAUCGAACCUGUGAGUGGACAGGCUUGAAGUUCAGUAACGACGGGAAGCUCAUCCUCAUAUCAACCAACGGAGGGUUCCUUCGACUGAUUGAUGCCUUUAAGGGAGCUGUACUGCAUACGUUUGGGGGUUAUAACAACAGUAAGGCUGUCACGUUGGAGGCAUCAUUCACACCAGAUUCCCAGUUCAUAAUGAUUGCCACCACAGAGUUAAAGGACUUUUUUGCCAAGGCCCGGAAUGGCUCGAUCCGUCUCAUCAAAGUCGUCAUUGAAGAUGAGCAGCUAGUGCUGGGAGCCUACAAAGAACUGUCUCGCCAUUGGGAUAAAGACUAUGACUCCUUCGUGCUGCCGCUGCUGGAUGAACAACAGCCAUGUUAUAUCCUCUACCGGUUGGACACCCAGAAUGCACAGGGCUUUGAGUGGCUCUUCAUCUCCUGGUCCCCUGACAGUUCUCCUGUUAGACUGAAGAUGCUGUAUGCAGCGACCCGAGCAACUGUGAAAAAAGAAUUUGGAGGAGGACACAUAAAGGAUGAGCUGUUUGGAACAGUUAAGGAAGACAUCUCACUAAGUGGCUACCAGAAGCAUGUGUCGUCCUGCUCUGCCCCAGCCCCACUGACUGCAGCUGAACAGGAGCUCCAGCAAAUCCGCAUUAAUGAGGUGAAGACUGAGAUCAGUGUGGAGAGUAAACACCAGACUCUGCAGGGCCUGGCUUUCCCACUGCAGCCUGAUGCGCAGCAGGCCAUCCAGUUGUUAAAGCAGAAGAAAAUCAAUUACAUCCAGCUGAAACUGGAUCUCGAGCGGGAGACUAUAGACCUGGUCCAUACAAAUGCCACGGAGCUAGCAGACCUCCCCAAAAGGAUCCCCCAGGACUCCGGUCGCUAUCAUUUCUUCCUGUACAAGCACUCUCAUGAGGGAGACUACCUGGAAUCUGUGGUGUUCAUCUAUUCCAUGCCUGGGUACAAGUGCGGCAUUAAGGAGCGUAUGCUGUACUCCAGCUGCAAGAGCCGGCUGCUCGAUACUGUGGAGCAGGAGUUCUCCCUGGAGAUCAUAAAGAAGAUCGAGAUUGACGAUGGAGCAGAGCUGACUGCAGAGUUCCUGUAUGACGAGGUCCACCCCAAGCAGCACGCCUUCAAGCAGGCGUUCGCCAAGCCCAAGGGCCCCGUGGGGAAACGGGGACAGAAGCGACUGAUCAAAGGGCCGGGGGAGAACGGCGAGGACAGUUAGAUCCCAAAGGGCAGGAAGCCGGGUCAGGAAUAGGACUGUGAACUUCCGAUGGCACCCAGAAGGGCCGUGUCGACGGGAUCCACGUCUCCACUUCUGAGCCUGCCCGCUGAGCCCGGAGAGGCUUUCCCUCCCUCUCUUCUUUAGUAAAAUCAUUAACACCUGGCUUCAUUGGGGGGUGGGGGGGGCCAAAGAAUCUGGGGCAGGGGAGGGAUCUGUGCGUGUUUUUAUUUUCUGUUCCCCCUCGCUCUUUUGUUGUGUAAUUCCUAAGCAAAAUGGUUGUUCUAGUCUGAAAUGAGAUUUAAACCGAUGCUCUUGCGACUUCACCUGCCUUGUGACCUGGUUUACCUGGUGCCUGCACUGACUGAAGGGCUCACUUACCAAUAAGCCGUGUUAUGCAGUGGCCUUGGAAUGAAAUCCUGGUUGGGGUUGAUUUGAUGGUGAAAACCAAAGGGUUUCCCCCUCCCCUUGAAUGUGUUGCUACAGACCUCUGCUAUCUGUGUCCAAGUCCCUAAAUCUUGACAACUCCCCUCUAUGGAACGGUCCCCUCAGCUGGCCAGUGCCCUGGUACAUACGUGCCAGAUGGCUGGCCCCCUUGGGGAGGCAGCCAGCUCUGCUGGUGUGUGGGAUCUGGGGAGCAUGGGGCAGGAAUGCUGCCCUGGCAUUCCCAGCCACAGCAGGGCAACUUCACCCUGAGGCUGGCAGGCUUGGCAUGAACGCACUCAACGGGCAGGUGGUCUGUGAUCAGUGACCCCCCCCCCCCACCUCCCCAAGAGCAAUGGCAUGCUGUCUAGGUGAGUGAAAGCCAGGCAGUUCCUCACCUCUGGGUGGAAAGGCAGUGGCUUUCGGAGAGCUGUUCUGUGUAUUUCACAGUACAUGGUUUGACUUGGAUUUGUGUAUCCAGGUAUGAAGGCUCCUCUAGUCAUCUCCAUUUCCACCCAUUGGCUUCUCUGGCUUACAGAGCAGCCCAGGAGAAGCCCUAGGUCUGUGGCAUUGGAUUCUGAUCUACUAAAGGAAUUUCAAGCUGUAUCCUACCUGUGAUAUGUGAAAGGUUUGCUUCAUGACAGCUGAGUUGAGAGGACAAGGGAGGCUAGCCCUGAGCCAUCAACUCCUGCUGGCAGCUCUUCUUUGCCUGGGAUUUGAUCCUCUUGCAGCUCCAGCCACCUCCCUAGAUCAUGGGUCCAGUGGAUCUGAACCCAGGCAGAUCCACUGGACCCAUGAUCUCCAGUAUCUGGCUCUGGGCUGCCUCACCAUACUGCAUUGGUGCAGGAACAUAUCUCAUGACACUCACUCCCAGCCCUACAGCUGCAUUAGCAUCCUGCCCUGACUCACCAAGCUCCACUCCUGAACCUCUGACACCCAUUCAGUCCUGAAUCCACCAUCCAAAGCCACAGGGACUUCUGAACGUAGGGUAGCAACCCACAGCCAACCAGGUGUACGUUGUGCGUCCCAGUCAACCCAUUCAUCCUCACACGAUUGUUUAACCCUUCAGUAUGCCCAGCAGUUGCAUCCCCAUCCUUCAUGCCAGCGCUGCAUUCGUCUACCAGGGCAGUGGGGGUAGCCACUUAUAACUGUGGGCUACAGUACACGGUCACAUUGAUCAUUAACGGUGCAGCUUUGCUGGUUUGGGAGAACAUUAACAUUAGCAGGUUUAUCUGUUGCAUUCUGCACUCUGGUUAGCAGGGCUGUCGUUCACCCUGACCGGGAAUGCUUGGUGCCUGAAAAAGACUGUUGUAGAUCCACGUAAACCAGGUUGGGCAAAGAGGUGUCUAUGUAAGAAUGUUUCCCAGGGACACAGGCGAGAGCUGUGGCCCAUGAGGAAAGGUGAGGUGAGCUGUGGUGGUGAUGGGGAAGGAGCGUGUGCUGUCCAGGCCCACAUGCAUUAGAGCAUCAGGACCACUGCCGCGAAAGGGGGAGAGUUGUGGCUUGUGAAAAUCCACCUAGUAGAUGUUUGUUCCUGUGGGUCACAGUAUUUAAUGCACACAUCAUUCCAGCCCCUGGGCAGCCUCUGACUCGUCCGUUUGUACCACAUCUGAGGGGGCUCAGCCUUCUGUAUACAGUAGAACUGUGUGGUGUUCCAUUAGACUCGAAGCCAUUGUUUGUUUUGUUCUCUUGGCUGCCAUGGAAACUUUAAAGGAGGUGUCAGCCAGGUUGAUUUUCUGCAGCAGGGAUCAUCCCAAUCCUUGAGGAGGAAGAGUCUGGAUUGAGGUCAGCUCAUCCCUUCCAGGCAGGAAAUGGUGGUGACUUGGGUCUACAGUGCAAGACAGGGAGGUGGUGAGGAAGGGAUUUUACCAGCUCCCGGCUCAGCCCAUCUGUCUCCUUGUUGCGAGGUUUUCAGCAGUCCUUUAGUCCCCAAGAGUUUGGCUGCUGGCCUUACCGCCUGGAACUGAUCAUGGCAGCGCUGGGGCAGCUGACUUCCUGAUGCCCAUCAGCAGGUUAGGGGUAAGUCUUGACCUGGCAGGAGACAUAAGCAGUCAUUGCCAGGGAUUUUAGCUUAGGGGCCUUGCUCAUCUUCCCUAGCAUAGACUAUCCAGCAGGUCCCAGUCUGAGCUGGGUUUUCACCUCCCUGGCUUUUCAGUCGAACUCUUUCGUUUCCUGCCAAUAGUAAUGGGAACUAGUCAGCGGGAUUCUCUUGUGACCAAACCAUGAAAUAUCCAGCCAUGUGGGGGAGGGGGGAGGGGAGUAUCCCUUUCUCCCUGCUCUCUAGAGGUCCAAUGGCUUUACAGACCUAGACACCUGCUUUCUUCGUGGAGUGAUGUAAUUGCAUCUUCUGUGGCACCCAUUCUAAUUGCACAGCCAUUGCUGACAUUUCUGGAUGUUGCUGAACUGUCCGUUCAUCUAUACCUUUGGGAAAGUUAUGUGAAAGGGUCCACAUACGGGGUGGGUAUCCUAUGCAUGCAAGGACCUAUUCGACCCAUGUUUUAUAUUGUGCUGUGGGACACUAACACCUGCCAGGGCAUCCCUCUGCCAUGGUGAGAUCCAGUGAAUAAGUGAUCUGUAUUAGUUCUGUCAAGGCAGAGGGUUAAUUUGUCAUGCUGGUGCCUCAUGUUAUCCCAUUCCAUCAGGAAUGUGCGCACAGUCCACUUUUCAGGAGCGUAUAAUAGGCCAGGACAGCAAGUGCUGGAACAGCUGUGUUAGGAGAGUUCUAGUCUCUUUCCCUGGGCGAGGAAUUGAUUUCCGCAUCCUCAUCUGGGCAUAGAAGGUUCAUGGGAAGUGUUUGAUUACAUGCUUCUGGCCACCCUUGAUCCCAGGAAAAGACAUGGAGACCUGGUCAUCUUGUAGGCAUUAAGUAUCUGGGGUGGUGGUAGCUGUUGACCUAUUCACUGACUUGUCACCUAAGUCUCUUCCCCAUUUAGAAAAAAGUUAAUCCAUUUUAGAAAAGAGUCUACAAUGUAAACUAGGUCACUCAGACUGUCUCUAGACCAUAUGUUAUUUGGGCUUGUCAGUUAGUUUUGAUCCCACUGUUUUGCUCUAUUGAUGCAAAACAUCGCCAUAUAAUAAUGGCGAAGGUCCAGUUGAUACUCUUCUAAUACAUGAUCAAAUGUAGCUAUAGGACCUAUCAGAACUUCAGUAAAGGAAGAGAAAACCCAUAGCCGGCAUUAGUACUUUCCCCUCCUCGCCCCACUUAUUCCAUAAAGUAACCCCAUGCUUAAGGCAAAUUCUGGUCCUGGAGUAGCUGGAAUCAUGUGGGAUGAAGGGGUAGCCAUGUAGCCACUUUUCUCCCCACUCUAAAUUUGUGCCUGCGGUGGAGUUGGUGACUCUGACCACCAGACGUUUGGGAAUGAUGUCUGGCAGGCCUUAGGCAUGGAGAGUGGCUGGGAUCUUCGGAGGCUUAUUGAGGAACUUAAAGGAGUCAUGUAGCCUGAAGAUCAUCUGCCACUUCCUGAAUGGGGCUGUCUGCAGUAGUUCCCUCCAUCACCCCCAUUUUCUUGGGUGAGUUGGAGGAAGAACCACCUACCCCCACUCUGCCCUCAAGUUGUUUUUUUUAGGGAGGGCACAUUGUUGGACCUGUCCUCAGCUCCCUAGGCUACUUUGUAGAUGUCACAGCAGCCUCGGAGUUACAUUAUCUGAUCCUUCCCAAGAGAGAGGGAUGGGGGAGAGAGUGGGACCACAGAGCUCAUUGCAUGAACUCUGUCCUCUGAAUAGCUCCAUCAGUCCCUACCUUGGGCAGCUCUGUAGCCCCCGGCCCUUUGUGGAGUGGGCUACACCAACCUGAACAUUCUUGGGGUUAGCCAGGCCUACUCAGAGCUGGCGUGUGUGCGAGCAAUGGACUAAGGUGCCCAUUCCUCCUGCUAGGACACUUACCGGGCUGGCUUCUGUCCUGUGGACACCAAAUCUACAAAGACCUGGUCUCCAGUCUGUCCUGGGAGUUGCAUAGGCCAUCCAGAUGUUGCCGAAUGGUGAAAGCCAAGGAAAUUCUUGGUACAACCAGCACCAAAUUGAAUUGAUUUUGAUCUGGGGCCUAUCUCAGCUGCCGACUGCAUGGUUAAGGGCAGUUGGACAUGAGCCGCCUCCGUAGGAGGAUGGGGGAUUUCUUGGGACUCCCAGCAGCCCUCAAGUCCUCCAGUGCCUACCCAAACGCCAAAAGGCACACAUCGGUAGUACUGUGAGCUUGUCUACACUAAGGACUUUUAGGGGGGAAAUUCCCUACUGGUGCUAUCGGCCUCUACAGCUGCAGCAGGGGCAGUCCUAGACAAGACUCUGUCAGCUUCUGGAGAUUUUACCACUAGGUCAUGGUGAUAAAAUUGCCAGGUCAUGUGCUGGAAGCAGCCUUUGCCUUAUGUGCACAAGAGCUGCCGCUGCGCAGCUGAGCCAGCGAUAGCUGUGUGGCAGACACAGCCUGUGGGGGAGAGAGGGAGCAGGCUGGGCGGCAGUGUGGGUUUGAGCUUGGGGCAAGGAGAAGCAGAACACACUGUAUUCAACACUGUAUUUUCUAAAGAAUAAAAUAUUUUUAAAA